AUGGCGAUGGCGCAGAGCGGCCGCGGGGCGCUCCGCCUGCGGCUCCUCCUCUCGGCUCUGAAGUCGGGGCCCCACGUUCCCCUGGCCUGGCCCGCCGCGGCGUUCGGCACCUCAGUAACCUCCACCAAAGUGGCUGUGAACGGUGUCCACCUGCAUUACCAGCGGACCGGAGAGGGCGAGCAUGCCGUCCUGCUGCUUCCUGGAAUGUUGGGAAGUGGAGAGACUGAUUUUGGACCUCAGAUUAAAAACCUAAAUAAGAAGCUCUUCACAGUGGUUGCUUGGGAUCCUCGAGGAUAUGGACAUUCCAGACCCCCAGAUCGAGAUUUCCCAGGGGACUUUUUUGAAAGGGAUGCAAAAGAUGCUGUUGAUUUGAUGAAGACGCUGAAGUUUAAGAAGGUCUCUUUGCUGGGUUGGAGUGAUGGUGGUAUAACAGCCCUCAUUGCAGCUGCAAAAUACCCAUCUUACAUCCAUAAGAUGGUAAUUUGGGGGGCCAACGCCUAUGUGACUGAGGAAGAUGAGAUGAUUUAUCAGGGUAUCCGAGAUGUUUCUAAAUGGAGUGAGAAAACAAAAAAGCCUCUAGAAACCCUAUAUGGGUAUGACUACUUGGCAAAAACCUGUGAAAAGUGGGUGGAUGGCAUAAAACAGUUUAAACAUCUUCCGGAUGGUAAUAUCUGUCGGCACUUGCUGCCCCUGGUUCAGUGCCCCACCUUAAUCGUGCAUGGAGAGAAGGACCCUCUAGUCCCGCGUUUUCAUGCGGACUUCAUCCACCAGCAUGUGAGAGGGUCACGGUUGCAUCUGAUGCCAGAAGGCAAACACAACCUCCAUUUACGUUUUGCAAAUGAAUUCAACAAGUUAGUAGAAGACUUCUUACAGUGA